AUGCAGACUAUACGGGAAUUUACAAGAAAAACAAAAAGGGGAAAUAUUCUCAAGAUUGUCCGUGAACAUUAUUUGCGUAUAGAUUUGGGUUGUGGUUCCGAUAUUUGCCAUCGUUGCCAGCAAGAUGAGGAUGGUGUCCAGCUAAGAACGGAACGUAUGAAUCGUAGCACCUUGUUCGACUUUCCCCACUAUGUCGUAUUGGAUACAAAUGUGGUCUUGCAUCAAAUCGACGUACUUGAAGAGGAUGCUUUACGCAAUGUUAUUGUCUUGUCCACAGUACUGCAGGAGGUGAAACAUUGCAGUUCGGUCAUCUAUAAACGAUUCCAUGAAGUUGUCCAGCAUAAGCCACGUGGUUUCUUUGUGUUUGUUAAUGAACAUCAUAAGGACACCUAUGUUGAGCGCAAACCUGGUGAAUCAGCCAAUGAUCGCAACGAUCGUGCUAUACGUUUUGCCACCGCCUGGUAUGAUGGUCACAUCAUGGAUGUCCAACAAUCGGCCACAAAAAAAUCGAAAGGUAAACAAAUGACAAGAGUUGUGCUAAUCACCGAUGACAUUGCCAAUAAAGAAAAAGCCGAAAAGGAGGGCAUCUUGGCAGCCACAGCUGAGGAAUACAUUAAAUCAUUAGUUGACUAUCCUAUGCUAAUUGAUAAAUAUGCCCGAAAGGAUAUUGAAAAAGAUCGUGAAACUGAUCCACUAUUUCCCAUGCAUUUGAGCAUGAAUGAAAUUAUUGAUGGUGUUCGAAAUCAACGUCUGUUACAGGGAGCGUUUCAGGCAUCGAGAGAAAACUAUUUGGAAGGUUCGGUUAAUGUGGAGGGUUAUGAAAAUCCGAUUCUUAUCCAAGGUCGUGAUUCUCUGAAUCGUGCUGUCGAUGGUGAUCUGGUGGCCAUUGAGCUGCUUCCCGAAUCCAAAUGGUCAGCACCUAGUGAAAUUGUUCUCGAAGAAGCCGAAACAAUUGAUGUGGGUGAAGGUGAUGAAGCCGAUGAACAACCUGCUGAAGAUGUACUGGCUGAUGCUGCCCUCAAAGCAUCGGCUAGUGGCGAGAAAAGACCCACGGGUAAAGUUGUGGGUAUUAUAAGGCGUAAACGUCGCCAAUAUUGUGGUAUAUUACAACCAGCCCAAUUGCCGGGUGGUACAAAACAUAUUUUUAUACCAGCCGAUCGUAAAAUACCACGAGUGCGUAUUGAAACGCGACAAGCGGAUAAGUUACAGAAUCAACGUAUAAUUGUGGCCAUUGAUACAUGGCCAAGGUCGUCACGUUAUCCACAUGGUCAUUUUGUUAGGGCUUUGGGAGCCCUGGGUGAUGUUGAAACCGAGAAUGAAGUUAUUCUCUUGGAGCAUGACGUGCCGCAUAGUAAAUUUUCCGAAGAGGUUCUUAGCUUUUUGCCCAAAAUGCCUUGGACCAUUACACCGGAGGAUUAUGCUGAACGUGUUGAUUUGCGAGAUUUGGAUAUAUGCUCUGUUGAUCCUCCCGGCUGUACAGAUAUCGAUGAUGCUCUACAUUGCCGUGAUCUGCCAAAUGGCAAUUUAGAAGUUGGUGUCCACAUUGCCGAUGUUAGCCACUUCAUACGUCCCGGCAAUGCCUUGGACAAGGAGGCAGCCAGCCGAGGCACCACCGUUUAUUUGGUUGGCAAACGUAUUGACAUGGUUCCCGAUUUGUUGAGUUCCAAUUUGUGUUCAUUGCGUGGUGGUGUAGAACGUUUUGCCUUCUCGUGUAUUUGGGAAAUGGAUCAUGAGGCCAAUGUUAUUAGCAAAAAAUUCCAUAAAUCCGUGAUAAAAUCCAAAUCGGCAAUGACCUAUGAAAUGGCACAAAUUAUCAUCGAUGACAAGACACAAAAUCAUAAUAUUGCAAAAUCAUUGCGUAAUUUGAAUAAAUUGGCAAAGAUUUUGAAAAAGCGUAGAAUGGAUAAUGGAGCCUUGGUCUUGGCCUCGCCAGAAAUUCGUUUCCAGGUGGACAGUGAAACCCACGAACCGUUGGAGGUAGAGGCCAAACAAUUACGCGAUACCAAUUCAAUGGUAGAAGAAUUCAUGUUAUUGGCCAAUGUUACAGUGGCCGAACACAUCGCCCAAGAAUUCCCCGAAUGUGCAAUGUUGCGUAGACAUCCACGUCCACCGAUAAGUAAUUUCGAACCGUUGAUAAAGGCCGCCCGCCAUCAAAACUUUGAGAUAUGUUGUGACUCUGGUUUGGAAUUUUCCAAAUCGUUGGAUAAAUGUGUUAAGGCCGAUAAUCCAUACUUUAAUACAAUGAUACGUAUUUUAGCCACAAGAUGUAUGAUGCAGGCCUUGUAUUUUAUUAGUGGUACCCUGCAGAAGGAUCAAUUUGAACAUUAUGGCUUGGCCGCUCCGAUUUAUACGCAUUUCACAUCGCCAAUUAGAAGAUAUUCCGAUAUUAUUGUACAUCGUUUGUUGGCCGCCUCAAUUGGGGCGGACAGUACCUAUGCGGCAUUGUUGGAUAAAAAUGCCAAUGCUGAAUUGUGUCACAAUCUAAAUUAUCGCCAUAAAAUGGCUCAAUAUGCUGGCAGGGCUUCGGUGGCACUAAAUACCCAUCUAUUCUUUAAGGGCAAAGUGCAGGAUGAGGAGGGUUAUAUUUUAUUUGUACGCAAAAAUGCUUUACAAAUUCUCAUUCCGAAAUUUGGUUUGGAGGGUACAAUUUAUUUGAAUGCCCUCAAGGAUGAUCAAAAGAAAACCAACAAUGAUGUUGUAUUUACCUUUAAUGAAGAGGAUUACACACAACGUUGUGGUGAUAUCAUUUUCCAUGCCUUUGAUCCGGUCACCGUACGCUUGAGUUUAGAUUCCAGCAAUAUACAACAUGAAAAAUUAGUUUUUCAAUUGGUUAAACCUUAUAUUAAAGGUUUUAGUAUUGAAAUCGAUGACAAUAAUACUGCUGUUGGUGCUGAAACAAAAUCGAACGAUGUUGAAAUGACCUCAAAUGCCGCCGCCGCCGCGCUGUUGCACCAAAUUGCAUCAAAACAAUAA